CUCCUGACUGGCUCUUGAGCAGUUGGGAUCCAGCUGCGGGUCGGGUAUUGUGUCCUUAGCGACUGAUUCGCACACCGACCGUGGGGAGUGGACGUUAUUCUCGGCCGUCUUAUAAGGAGACCAGAAGCAAGUCUGAUGAUCCCUAUUGACCCGAAACAGACUUGACUUCCAGUUCAUCUCGACUUCGUCUCGUCUCCUGCCAGACGCUCCAGAAAAGCUCCCCCGCCAAGGCAGCAUCACUGCCGCAGUUCGAACACCGCACCACGUUCACUCACGGCCACAUCCCUGCAUUCUCUUCCCUAUAAUAGGCUCAGCAUGGAUGGUGAGACGUUCUGCCGGCGCGCCGCCGAGAUGGCGGACUUCAUCACCAAGUACCUGCGUGACAUCAAAGAGUACCGGGUGAUGCCUGCCGUGUCCCCGGGAUACCUGCACCGGCUCCUGCCCAGGGAAGCCCCGUGGAAGCCAGAAUCGUGGGAGAGCAUCAUGAGCGACGUGGAGGAUACCAUACUACCGGGGAUGACCCACUGGCAGCACCCGGGCUUUCACGCCUACUUCCCUGCCGGUAACUCCUACCCAUCGAUCCUAGCUGACAUGCUGUCGGACGGCCUAGGCUGCAUCGGGUUCUCGUGGGCUGCUAGUCCGGCCAUGACUGAGCUGGAGACCCUGAUGGUGGACUGGCUGGGUCGUAUGAUGGGGCUGCCGAAAGAGAUGCUGCCUUACACAGAGGGUGGUACCGGCAGCGGAGUCAUGCAGGGAUCUGCGAGUGAGUGCACCCUGGUGUGCAUGCUGGCAGCUCGAGCAAAAGCUCUGAAAGAGCUCAAGGAGGUCUACCCAGAUGAGGAAGACUGCGUACUCCUCUCCAAACUCGUGGCUUACUUUUCCGAAGAGGCCCACUCCUCGGUCGAAAAGGCCGCCAACAUCGCCUUCGUGAAGAAGCGCAAACUCCUGACGGACGACCAUUAUGCUUUCCGAGGGGAAACACUGCGGAAAGCGAUACAGAUUGAUGUGGAGAAAGGUCUCGUGCCGUUCUUUGUCUGUGCUACUAUAGGUACAACAGGCGUGUGCGCGUGCGAUGAUGUGGAGGGACUGGGCCGUGUGUGCUCCGAGAGAAACCUGUGGCUGCAUGUGGACGGCGCCUACGGUGGCAACGCCCUCAUCUGCCCGGAGUUUCGGUACCUCCUGCGUGGUUUCCAGUAUGUGACGUCAUUUAAUUUCAACCCAAACAAAUGGAUGAUGGUGAACUUCGACUGUUCAGUGAUGUGGGUGCGAGACAAGCAUGCACUGACGAAUGCACUGACCGUCAACCCGGUUUAUCUCCAGCACGACAACGAAGCUCAUUCGAUCGACUACAGGAACUGGACCAUUCCCCUGAGUCGUCGCUUCCGCUCUCUCAAGCUCUGGUUUGUCAUCAGGACUUACGGCGUGGAAGGGCUGCAGCGUUACAUUCGAUCGCAUGUGGUCAUGGCCAAACGGUUCGAGACUCUGGUGCAGCAAGAUGACAGAUUUGAGGUGCUUGGUGACGUAAUUUUCGGGCUGGUUUGCUUUCGGCUCAAGGGUCAGAACAACCUGACGGAGACACUACUGCGCCGGAUCAACCAGUCCGGCAAAGCCCACAUGGUUCCCACUUCCCUCCGCGGCAAGUUCGUCAUCCGGUUCGCCGUCUGCCACCCGGACCCGACGGAGGAGCACAUCGAUCAGACGUGGGCUGUGGUCACCGACCACGCCGAGCGCGUGCUCUUCACCAGCGAGGUGGCCGUGGAGAAGUUCCGGCGGCUCCUCACCAAGUACAAGGAGAACAAGGGAAGGCGCUCCACACGAAUCUUAGGGGAACUCAAGAAGAACGUCCGUGAACCUGUGCAGGUGCAUGCCAAAAGAAAGUUCAAACUCUAAUGUUUGCUUAUUCUGUCUAUGCGCUGGUGGACCGAGCCACUAACAAGCAUACUAGAGUCAGUACUCAUUAUCAGAGAUUUUACAGUACAGUCUGAAUGUUACAUUCAGAAACAACAUUCAAGUAAGGUAAUUAUAAACUAUUAUACGUGGGUCUGCAUGGAUAGGAGGACCCCGCCCCCUCCAUGUCACAAAAUCGGGAAGGAAAGAACCAGGGAAUGAAACGAAACUAUAAGAGAAGAGAUUUGUCUGUGGAAAAAAGUAGAAUUGACUCCACUCUACUGGUCAUGAUUUGUUGGGCCCCGUCCGGAACGUGUCUCAAGAGCUACGGCUACGCCUACUGUCAAUGUAUUCUUGCGUGUUUCAAAUCGGCGAAGACGUAGGCCAAUCUCUGAACAACAGAUUCCGAUGCAAGAGUGCUUUGCCUGCCCCCCCCCCCUUUUACGAAAGAAGGACACCCCUUUCCCAGCAACGCCCACGGACGUUCACUGCCACCUUGAGGUGCUGGGGGGGAAGGCACUUUUGAUUUGCCACGGUACACCAGAGCGAACUAGGCCGUGAGGGUUCGAAUGCUGAAACAAGACAGGACAUUUCGUAGCCUGGCAACGACUUCUCUUUGAGGCAGGACAUGAUUUUUACUCCGUGCUUAGAUGUGACACAGUGCAGGCCUUGCGACCCAAUUUUGUCCUUUUUAGUCUAGUCCAUUGGUGAGAGAAUACACAUGGGCAAAACAAUGCUAAAUCCAUAAGAAGUUAAACGUUAAGUUCGGUUAUGAGUGUCUUAUCAAUUUUUCACGGAGGUCUUGCAUGUCUAGCCCGCACUAAGUUGCUUUUCUUUAUAUUACAGCAAGUUGUUCCUACAACAAAAACUAUACCUAUUUAAGAUUUAUUUACACUGGGUUUGGCUUAAUUUUUAAUCAUAUUAUUUCUGUAUGAGAUUAUUUCUAAUAUGGGAGACUAAAACCUUUUACGACGGUACACCCAACACAGAGCUAACGUAAACUUGGAAGGCCAGACCUAGCACACGGACAGAGUGUGAGAAGGUGACCAACUUGUAAAAGGUCAAGUACAAGCAAAACGAGCUUUUCUUUAAAGCUUUUUGUUAAUUAAAUAACAAGAGGGAGAACAUGCCCGGUAACAUACGUGUAAAGUGGUGAUUGACUUGUAAACCUCGAGGUACUUAUACCAGCUCAGGGUUUAUCUGAGGUUACAUGAAAGGGAGCAUUCCUGGUAGCACAUUGUGUGAGGGGGUGGCCAAUUUGUAAACUACUUAGUACAUGUACCUACUAGCUCAGGGUUCAGUUGAGGUUACAAGCGGGGAGCAUUCCUGGUUGCACAUUGUGUGAGGGGGUGACCAACUUGUAAACCUCUUGGUACCUACUAGCUCAGGGUUCAGUUGAGGUUACAAGUGGGGAGCAUUCCCGGUAGCACAUUGUAUGAAGGGAUCUGUGACCAACUUGUAAACCUCUUAGUACAUGUACCUACUAACUCUGGGUUCAGCUGAGGUUACAUGCGGGGAGCAUUCCUGUCAGCAUAUUGUGUGAGGGGAUAACCAACUUGUAAACCUCUGGGUACCUACUACCUCAGGGUUCAGCUGGAGUCACACGAUGAGGAGCAUUACUGGUAACACAUUGUGUGAGGGGAUCAAUGACAAACAUAUAAAAUCUUAGUACCUACUAAUGGUUCAGCUGAGGUCACAAGACGGAUAGCAUCCCUGGUAGGACACUGUGUAAAGGGUUGACCAGCUGAGCCGUUUACUAUAACUGUAUUCAGUAGCCCAGAACUCUGUUAAGUUCAAAAUGGGAAAAAAAUGGUCCGUGUUGAAUUCCUCCAUGGUUCGACUCACUACGCUUUGGGGCUUAUCUCUGUCACUUUGAGGACCUCCCCUCAUAACAGGCUCGAGUGUGAGGUUUGGAUCAACAAGUGACGUACCGAGAUGACUGGCGACAAGGGUGAGGGGCUGUGUCCCUAUCACCCAACGAAAAUUCGGCCGAACCCCCAACCUUUUUGUUGUUGUGUCGACAUACCUUAUUUAGCCAAUAGUGGUAUCAUAAUUAAGAGCUGGAGUAUCUCACGGGCCAAAAAUUCACUUGUUACCCACUUAACCCCUUUGAAACUUGACAUGGGUAGUUUCAAUUUAAUCCAACACGGCGUGUUGUUCUUUAUGGUCUUUAUAUUUGAAGCUUCACAGCCUAACGUGUGUACGCCAACGUGCCUUAAGCACGCCAAAGGAAACAGGUUUUGAUUGACCUGUCUCAAAAUAAGUGUUUCGCGAGAAUGGUAGCCUAUAUCUGAUUUUCACAAAAUUAAUGUUAAAAAUUAUUGUAAAGCUUUACCCCGAAAAAUAAUCCUGAAGACACUGUGUAGGGAAUGAACGCACCGCAAGAAUACAGGCUUUGCGUGGAAGCCAUAUUGCACGGUAUAGUUCUUUAGUUCCAAGGGGAAACCUCCUUUGUGCUCACGCUGCAUGUUUUCUGGCCUGCAAGAUGGCAACCAUGCAAACCCUCUAUACCGGAGAAAAUGUAAUGUUGCGGUGGAUUCACCCCAAGCUAUUUUAAGGUUAAAACUGCAUGGCACAUACCUUUGCUGAAACCUGAAAAAAAAUCAGCAAAAGAAGGUUUUACCAGUGGAAACUUUCUGUUGCGAAGUGUAUUGUUUGUGAAUACUUCUAAUUUAAAUUUAAAAGCUGAUGAAUAUACCCAGCAAUUGAAACUAAUAUCCCUUAAACUCGGUGGCAUUGGCACGCUGUAAUCAGCACAUUGUCCACCAGAUUUAUCAUUUAAACUUAAUUAAAUGAAAAAUUUAGGUUUUAUUGGAAACUAUAUAGCCAGUGUGGUCCUGUGCUUUCAGGGUGAUAAUGGAUAAAGUCAUCGCAUCUUUAGGGUUGUUUUAUUAUAAAGUGGGCUUCAACGAUUAUGAUAAUACAAGGUUUAAUACGGGAAUAGGCUUUGAGGUGGCCAUAGCCAAUAAUUAACGAGAGCAUCUUUAUUUGCCAGUGGUCGUUUUGGUUUGAUGUUUAAAUCCUUAACCUUAAUCCUUAAUCCUUAACCAUUUCGCCAAUAGUAACCAGUUUUUCUCAAGUAUCGGCGCCGAGUAACAGCUGCUUGUUAUUUUCAAGUUUAAGACUUUUUUCUUUUCUUUGUAAAUUUAUUUUAGAAACAAUUUCAAUCAUUUGACAUUUUAUUAUUUAAAUAUAUUUUAUUGAACUGUUAUAUUAUAUAAAAGCAAAGCGUUAAACGUGUCUUGACGUUUUCUUUCUUAAAAAUUAGUUCCCUAGCCCUAUACUCGGUUGCCCGAAAGGUAUAAUUGCUCUCAAAACAGCCAUCGCAGAAUUUUAUUCAAGAUAGUGGCGCCCACGGUUUACGCGUGGUGUGGCAAGCUACAACUCGGAUGACGAUCCCAAUUUCAGCUUUAAGCCAAGGCCUUGCACUGUGGUGGAAACCCUAGAGCUGCUUCCCACAAGCCAGCUGCGUUUGUUUUACCGAAAUUGACCCUGGUAAUCCAAAGUUACAGAGCGUUAAGAAGUAUCCACUUCGGAACAAGUUGUU